AUGGCUUGGAAUGUCCGGGGAAUCAACAUCCAGCAGAAGCAAACAUCAGUCAAGCAAUUGAUUGAUUAUCAAAAAAUUGGGCUGGUUGGGCUCCUCGAGACAAGAGUUAAGGCUCAGAACUUAGGAGCCUUGUAUGUUCGUAUGUUUGAAGGGUGGUGUUUUACGUCUAAUAAUGCGUGGCAUAAGGGGGGAAGAAUAAUAGUAUGUUGGAAGUUGGAUAGUUUUGUGGUUAAUAUCCUUCAAUGCACUAGUCAAAUGAUUCAUCUCUUUGUUGAAUCCAUAGAGAAAAAGGCAAGUUUUUUUGUCACCUUUGUCUAUGGUUUUAACUCAGAAGAAGGGAGAAGAACUCUUUGGCAAGACAUAAAGGAGUUGGCUAUUAAAGAGGCUUGGUUGGUUCUUGGAGACUUCAAUGAGAUCCUCAACAAGGAAGAAAGAAUUGGCUUGCGAGCAAGGUAUAAAGAAGCAAAGGAGUUUCAUGAAUGUGUGGAAAUUUGCAAAUUGGAAGAUGUAAAAUACACAAGGAAUUUUUUCACUUGGAGUAACAAUCAACAUGGAGAAGAUAGAAUCUACUCAAAGAUUGAUCGGGUGCUUGCAAAUCAGCCUUGGAUGGAGUUAUUCCCAGCAGCUGAGGUGAAAGGGACCAAAAUGUAUCAAAUGGUAGUGAAACUCAGAAGCCCAAAGCAAGGGUUGUCUGCUUUGAACAGGAGGCAUUUCAAUGAUGUCCCUGCCAAUGCUAUUUCAGCAAAGGAGGCUCUUGAUGUAUGUCAGGAUAGUUUGAGGGAUGAUCCUCUAAAUGUUGAGCUGCAGAAGAGAGAAAAAGCAGCUAGAGAUUGUUAUGCACAGGCACAAGAAACUUAUCAUUCCUUCUUACAGCAGAAAAGCAAUCUAAAUUGGUUGAAAGAGGGAGACAUUAAUUCUGGUUUUUUCCAUGCUUAUUUUCGGGCUAGAAGGACUCAGAACUGA